AUGUCUCGAAACCCUGCGGACUUCUACCGGGCGCAGCCUGUGCGGGACCGCCGCAUUCACAUCAUGGGAAUGGGCAACGUUGGAUAUUUCGUCGCGCACUCGCUCAAAGGAAUACCGAAUGCGCCACCUGUGACACUGAUCUUUCACAGUCGCGAUAGAUUGAAGCAAUGGGAAGAAUCCCCUCAGAGACUGCAGUGCAUCACGGACGGAGAUGCAGAGAGGCGCGAAGGCUACGAGGCGGAAUUGGCAAUACCACGAUUGAGAUAUCACGGCAAAGAGCUUGGGACCAAUACUGGCGAUCCCUUCGCGGCGGGCUCUUCUGGACAGGCAGAAGUUUCACAAGAACCUAAGCUGGCGUACGGAGAGUCUUCAGAGCCCAUUAGCUCGCUCAUCCUUUGCAUGAAGUCGACGCAAGUUCUGUCGGCACUUUCUUCUGUGAAACAUCGGCUACACAAAGAAUCUGUUAUCUGUUUCCUGCAGAAUGGAAUGGGUACGGUGGAAGAGGUGAACAAAGAGGUAUUCCCAGAUGUUGUGACAAGGCCGCACUACAUGGUGGGCAUCAACUCCCACGGUAUGCACAAGACCGAUGAUCCAUUUACGGUCGUACACGCAGGUUUUGGAACCAUUUCCCUUGGAAUCUUGCCCAACGAAAGGGAUCGCGAGUCUGCACCGUACGCCCCUAAGACCAAGUUCGCGGCCCAUUCACCUCCACAGCCCGUAGAGCCUGCUCACCCCGCCAAUCCGGAUCCUUCCACGCAUUCCCCCAACGCAGCGGAAGCUGCAUUUACCCCGAAUUCCAGGUAUCUUCUACGAACGCUAUUACGCACACCCAUUCUUUGCGCCGCAGGGUUUUCACCGCCGGACCUUCUCCAGCUGCAGCUCGAGAAGCUUGCCGUAAAUUGCAUUAUCAACCCGCUCACCGUCAUGCUCGAUGCGCGAAACGGCUCUAUUCUAUACAAUUACUCUCUCACGCGCGUCAUACGAUUGCUCCUCUCAGAGGUCUCUCUCGUCAUACGCUCUCUCCCCGAAUUGAAGUACAUCCCUAACGUACAACAACGCUUUGAUCCAGGGCGACUAGAGACCGUCGUAGUCGGGGUUGCAAAUCGCACCCGAGACAACAUUUCCAGUAUGCUGGCAGAUGUUAGGGCGGGUAGGCAGACGGAAAUCGACUACAUCAACGGCUGGAUCGUGAAGAAGGGGGAAGAAAUGGGCAUGAAGUGCUUCAUGAAUUUCAUGUUGAUGCACAUGGUGAAGGGCAAGGGCGGACUGGUACAGCUAGAGCUUGGGGAGGGCAUUCCAUUUGUAGUGGCCCGCCCUGGUGAGAGGGAGCUCUUCAUAAAGGAAGGAUUUGGUAACGAUGUUCCUCUGGCGGAUGUCGUACCGAGGGAGUCGUUCAAGCCAGAGGACCCUGAGAAGCCACGGUGA